CUCUUUUUCCAUGGGAUCAAUUAUAAAAAGAAUGGCUUUGCACUGAGCAGCUCAGUCUACUGGUCUCAUCAGUGAAAGGCUUGUGAAAAUUUCUGGAAAGAGCAUUGGCUGGCUUGUUCAUCUCUCUGUUUGGUCAAUUGCUGUGUUUCUGCGGGAUCAGAUGAGCAGAUUGGUUAGUGAAGGUCAGUGUGAGAAGAUUGUUUCUGAGCUUGAGAAGCUUCUGGAGGAUUGAAGAGUAUUUGAAGUCUGUGUCAAACAUCCAUAUCAUAAGUGGAAUUUUGGAGAUAUUCAAAGAAUGCUGUCAGAAGGGUAUCUCAGUGGACUUGAGUACUGGAAUGACAUCCACUGGAGUUGUGCCUCUUAUAAUGAGCAGGUGGCUGGGGAAAAGGAAGAGGAGACAAAUUCUGUUGCUACCCUUUCCUAUUCCUCUGUGGAUGAAACACAAGUCAGAAGUCUGUACGUGAGCUGCAAAUCAUCUGGCAAGUUUAUCUCUUCAGUGCAUUCAAGAGAGAGCCAACAUAGCAGAAGUCAGAGAGUCACAGUGCUGCAGACAAACCCCAAUCCUGUGUUUGAAAGCCCAAACUUGGCUGCAGUUGAAAUAUGUAGAGAUGCCAGCAGAGAGACCUACUUGGUUCCAUCUUCUUGCAAAAGUAUUUGCAAGAAUUAUAAUGACUUACAGAUUGCAGGGGGCCAGGUGAUGGCCAUUAAUUCAGUGACAACAGAUUUUCCCUCUGAGAGCAGUUUUGAAUAUGGCCCUUUGCUGAAGUCAUCUGAGAUUCCUUUACCCAUGGAGGAUUCCAUUUCUACUCAGCCCAGUGACUUUCCCCAAAAACCUAUCCAGCGGUACUCAUCCUAUUGGAGAAUAACAAGCAUCAAAGAGAAAAGCAGCUUGCAAAUGCAGAAUCCUAUUUCUAAUGCAGUGCUGAAUGAGUACCUGGAGCAGAAGGUUGUGGAGUUAUAUAAACAGUACAUUAUGGACACCGUGUUUCAUGACAGUUCUCCUACCCAGAUUCUGGCGUCUGAACUCAUCAUGACAAGUGUAGACCAAAUCAGUCUUCAAGUGUCUAGAGAGAAGAAUCUGGAGACCUCAAAAGCCAGAGAUAUAGUCUUUAGCCGCCUAUUGCAAUUGAUGUCAACUGAAAUUACUGAAAUUAGCACUCCUAGUCUCCAUAUUUCUCAGUAUAGCAAUGUAAAUCCAUAGAGAGGAUGCUUCCAUUACUGUCUCUCAUUUACUUAAACAUGAAGCAACACUUUAUCCAUUUAUUCUGAGAAUGUGCAGGAGGGGUUAGUGAAGGGGAAUUAAGGGCUAGAGAAGUAAAGAUCAGCUGGAAGUCAUGUGUGAAUCAUGGAGAAAUCUCAUAAUAUUACACUUGAUGAAGGAAUACGGUAAGAGGAGCCAUAAGGAAUGAUUUCAAAGAGAGGUGUGUACAGCAAGGAAGCAAAAAUAAAAAUGAUCAAAAAAGAAAAGGUUAAUUCAUUUGAAGAAACAUAGGAAUUAAAAAAGAAGACAGUCAAAUGAGAUGAAACAAAAAGGCCAAAAGGUAGCCGGGUGUAGUGGCUCACGCCUGCAAUCCCAGCAUUUGGGAGGCUGAUGUGGGUGGAUUACCUGACGUCAGGAAUUCGAGACCAGCCUGGCCAAUAUGGUGAAACCCCCUCUCUACUAAAAAUACAAAAAAUUAGCCAGGCAUGGUGGUGGGUACCUGUAAUCCCAGCUACUCGGGAGGCUGAGGCAGGAGAAUCUCUUGAACCUGAGAGGCAGAGGUUGCAGUGAGCCGAGGUCGCUCCGUUGCACUCCAGCCUGGGCAACAAGAGUGAGACUCCCGUCUCAAAAAAAAAAAAAAAAAAGUCAAAA